AUGCCCAUCGCUCCGAGACGAGACGAGCGAGGACACGUGCCUGUGAAAACGGAUCAGAUCACCACGCCAUCAAUCAAUAAUGACCUGAGCAGCUAUAAAGGAAUCGGAUCAGAUCACCACGCCUUCCCUUUCCAGGCAGCACACUGUUCUUCGCCUACUCACCAGACACUAGUCACCACCCACCGUUCCUCUGCUGCCGCUGUUCCCGGCGCACAUCAGAGCUCUUCUACGCCGCCCGUCUUGCUGCUCCACAGCGCGGGGCGCUUGGGCCUGCUCGCCGGAGGCUCCGCGGCUGGAAGAGCAGCGGCUCGUCGACGAGGGGCGCACGAGGACCAUCCCUUGACUCAGCGGCAGGAGGGAGGGGCAGAUCAGGCCGAAUAUUUGGUCAGCUCGGGGCGCGUCGGGCAGAUCAGCGGCUACGGCGAAGGAAGGAAGGCGGAGCGAGGGAGGGUAGACCCACGGUGGCGAGGGCCUCCUUCGCGUCGCCUGGAGGACGUGCGCGCCGUCGAGCAGGAGCGAGAAGAAGUGCCGGAGGAGAAGAUGGAGGUGGCUCUCGGAGUGGCGAAUUGGCUCCUCGGCCAAGUCCUCAACAAGCUGUCCGAUGACUUGCUGAAAGCGUACGUGUUCAGCACCGAGCUCGGCCUCAACCUUGUGAAGAUCAGAAAGGAGAUGCUGUACACUAAAGGGCUGCUGGAGGCGGCCCAGGGGAGGGACUUCGCUGGGAACUCUGGCCUGAAGGGUCUGCUCGAGGACCUGAGCAACAAGGCCGACGAGGCUGAGGACGCUCUGGACGAGCUCCACUACUUCAUGAUCCAGGACAAGCUCGAUGGGACUCGAGAGGCCACUCCAGAGUUGGGAGAUGGCCUCAGCGGCAAAGCUCAGCAUGCCUGCCAUGCUGCUCGCCACACUUCUGGUAACUGGCUCUCAUGCUUCUCUUAUUGCCGUUCGCAAGAUGAGGAUGUUGCUGCUGCCGACGAUGUCCAUAACACCCAUAGCACAAGCAAUGCCAUUGCCAUGUCUGUUGACCACAGUGGCCAUGAUGGAAAGUUGCCAUUUGACAGGGUGGCAAUGUCCAACAAAAUCAAGCAGCUCAUAGAGGAGCUGCACUCUAACUGUACUCCUGUCUCUGACUUGCUCAAGAUAGUGUCAGGCACUAACCCUCAGCAACACAUGCCUGCCUUCGCUAAAAGGCCUGACACAAGCUCUGAAAUCACACAGGAGAAGUUGUUUGGGAGGGAUGCCAUCUUUGAGAAAACUAUAGAGGAGAUUAUCAGUGUGACACAGAGUGGUAAAACCUUGUCUGUUCUUCCUAUAGUUGGCCCAGGGGGUAUUGGAAAGACUACCUUCACCCAGCACCUCGUCAAUGACACAAGGAUUAAACAAUGUUUUCCUGAUAUUAAUAUCUGGAUAUGUGUAUCGACUAAUUUUGAUGUGCUCAAGCUCACCAAAGAGAUCCUGAGCUGCCUACCUGCAACAGAAAAUGCAGGAAAUAGAACACCAAAUGAAACUACCAACUUAGACCAGCUUCAGAAAUCCAUCGCAGAGAGGCUGAAAUCCAAAAGGUUUCUACUUGUCUUGGAUGACAUAUGGGAAUGCAGCAGUAGUGAUGAGUGGGCAAAACUGUUAGCUCCAUUCAAAAAGGACGAGACCAGUGGCAGCAUGAUUCUUGUCACAACUCGGUUCCCAAAAAUUGUAGAAAUGGUGACAAAAGAAUCUAAUCCAAUUGACCUCCGUGGUUUGGAUCCUGAUGAGUUUUGGAAAUUCUUCCAAAUAUGUGCAUUUGGUAGAAUCCAAGAUGAGCAUGGUGAUCAAGAGUUAAUUGGUAUUGCAAGGAAAAUAGCAGAUAAGCUGAAAUGCUCCCCACUUGCAGCCAAAACAGUUGGUCGGUUAUUGAUUAAGAAACCCUUUCAGGAACAUUGGAUGAAAAUUCUUGACAACAAAGAGUGGCUAGAAGAAAACCAUGAAAAUGAUAUUAUCCCAGCCUUGAAAAUUAGCUAUGACUACCUUCCCUUCCAUCUGAAAAAAUGUUUUUCGUGUUUUUCCCUUUUCCCUGACGAUUAUAAAUUUGGAAAGCUUGAGAUUAUUCGUUUUUGGGAUUCUAUAGGCAUCAUAGAUUACCCUAAGCAGAAUAAAAAAUUUGAGGACAUAGGAUCAGAUUAUCUGGAUGAACUAUUAGAUAAUGGUUUUCUUAUAAAAGGAGAUGAUAAUAAUUAUGUAAUGCAUGAUUUACUCCAUGAUCUUUCACGUAAAGUUUCAUUAGAAGAAUGUGCCUAUAUCAGUUGUUCUACUUUUGAGGCAAAUGAAAUCCCACAAUCUAUACGUUACCUAUCCAUUUUCUUGCAUGAUGAUAUUCAUGUUCAAAGUUUCGGGGAAGAGAUGGGUAAAUUGAAGGAAAGGAUAGACAUUAAAAAUUUGCAAAGUUUGAUGAUUUUUGGAGAAUACAAUAGGUUACACCUGGUCAAUGUUUUAAGAGACACAUUUAAUGAAAUAAAAGAAGUGUGUGUGCCUAGCACAGUGUCUAGGUUUUAUCACUUGAAAUUCCUAGAUCUUAACCAAUGGAAAAGUAGUUAUUCUUUGCCUAAAGACAUUAGCCGCCUUGAAAAUCUACGCCAUUUUGUUGCUACGAGAGAAUUUCAUUCCAAUGUUCCUGAGGUGGGGAAAAUGAAAUUUUUACAAGAAAUGAAAGAAUUCCAUGUUAAGAAAGAGAGCAUUGGCUUUGAGCUAGGAGAGUUGGGGAAACUAGAAGACCUUGGAGGAGAGCUCAAUAUACAUGGACUUGAAAAUGUAACAACCAGACAAGAAGCUGAAGAGGCCAAACUGAUGGAAAAGAGGAAUUUAGUGAAAUUGGGAUUAGUUUGGAAUAGGAACCAAGAGUCCAUUGGAGAUGAUAUCCUUUUUUUAGAAAAGGCUGGAGAUGAUAUCCUAGAUAGUCUCAAGCCACACUAUAAUAUUAGAAGACUUUGCAUUGUAAAUCAUGGUGGCUCUGUUGGUCCUAGUUGGUUGUGCAGCAACAUCAUAUACAUGAGAAACUUGGAGACCCUACAUCUAGAGAGCGUAUCAUGGCCCAACCUUCCACCUAUUGGGCAGAUGUAUCACUUAAGAAAGCUGAAGCUGAAAAACAUUCUUGGGAUAUCUCAGAUUGGUCCUGAUUUCUUUGGUGGUACUACAGAAAAAAGUUUCACGCACUUGAUGGAAGUUCAGUUUUAUGAUAUGCCAGACCUUGUAGAGUGGGUUGGGGGAGCUAACUGUCAUCUGUUCUCAGGGCUUGAAAAAAUCAGCUGCACUGAUUGUCCUAUGCUCACAACGCUGCUGAUCUCAGGUUGGCCUAUUUCUUCUACAGAAGGCAACACUAAAUGGUUCCCUAGCCUUCGUGAUCUUCAGAUUCGUAGAUGCCCGAAGUUGUGCCUUCCUCCCUUGCCUCACACUUCGAUGGUAUCCUGUAUUUAUAUAGACCGCUUGUGUUAUUAUCAUACUGACUUGGACAUUUGGAAGCCCUCUGAAUUGGUUUUCCACAAUCUUGGUGAGGUAGAAAGGUUGACAAUUCAUGAUGCAUCAUGCUUCUCAUUUAUGGAUCUUCAAAAGCUACAUUCCUUAAGACAUAUAGAGGUCAGUAGAUGUGAGGAAACCUUUUUGAGAGGACUGGAUGAUGGUGUUGUGCUCCACACAGUCCAAACUCUCAAACUCAGCCAAUUUUCUCUUACCAGAAAAUCCUUGUCAAAUUUGUUCGAAUGUUUCCCAGCUCUUUCUAGUUUGGUUGUCUACGCAUCAUCAGACGAGGAUCAUGAGGAGGUGGUACUGCAGUUUCCACCCUCCAGCUCGCUGAGAAAUGUCAGCUUCGUUGGGUGUAAGAAUGUGAUCCUGCCUGUGGAUGAAGAGGAAGGAGUUGGGUUCUGUGGCAUCUCGUCGCUCGAGUCCGUGGCCAUAAUAAACUGUAACAAGCUAUUCUCUCGGUGGCCCAUGGGAGGAGGUGGAACUCAGACUCAGAGCAUCAUCUACCCUCUCCCCCCUUCCCUCAAGGAACUCUGUCUUGUGGGUGAGCAAAGCACGCUGCCGAUGGCUCUGCUUGCGAAUCUCACAUCUCUUACCAGUCUAAAACUAGGUAAUUGCAAGGAUAUCACAGCGGAUGGGUUCGAUCCCCUCACCACAUCCAACCUCGAGCAUCUGGAGGUGUCCAAUCUGAGACAUGAUGGGGCUGAGCCCUAUUCUGUAGCAGCAGAUCUACUUGCAGCGGUGGCAAGGACCCAAACAAUACCCGCCGGUUCCUUCCAACUGGUGAGCCUUCAGGUGGACAGCAUCUCUGCAGUGCUUAUUGCUCCCAUCUGCAGCCGCCUCUCCGCUACCCUCCAGAGGUUAUACUUCGUUUGUGAUUGGCGGACGGAGAACUUCACGGAAGAGCAGGACGAGGCGCUUCGGCUCCUCACGUCUCUCCAAGCCCUGUGCUUCAGCAACUGCAGGGCUCUGCGGUCCCUCCCCGAAGGGUUGCAUCGGCUUCCUUCUCUCCAGGAAUUACGUAUCUCGGGGACUCAAAACAUCAGAUCGCUGCCCAAGGAGGGCCUCCCUGAUUCACUGCGACUGAUACGCAUAGUUCAUUGCAGUCCCGAGAUUUAUGAGGAAUGCCAGAAAUUAAGGGGAACGAGGCCAGAUAUAGAUGUCCAUGCCAGAAAUUAA